CACGUGACAUCAUUAUUCUGCGACUCUACCGGAAGAGACGUGGCAAAAUGUCAGCAUCUGAAAACAUUCGCAUUUUCUAGAUUUAGCUGACCAAGUUGGUAGGGCAGAACAUCAGUAUUUUUACAACCCCUUCCUUCAUACGAAAAAGCAUCGAGGAGAAAGCUUGCGUAACAGUACUACAGACAGACCAUGGGUCUGUGCAAGUGUCCUAAGAGGAAGGUGACCAACCUGUUCUGCUUUGAACAUCGGGUGAAUGUUUGUGAGCAUUGCCUGGUCUCCAACCACAACAAGUGUAUAGUGCAGUCCUACCUCCAGUGGCUUCAGGAUAGUGACUACAGCCCUAACUGUCAACUGUGUAAUAACCCACUGAUCUCCCAGGAUACUGUCAGAUUGGUCUGCUAUGAUGUAUUCCACUGGGCCUGUCUUCAUGACCUGGCAGCCCGGUUGCCCCUACACACUGCUCCUGCGGGAUACCAGUGCCCCAGCUGCCAGGGUCCAGUGUUUCCCCCCUCCAACCUGGCCAGCCCAAUAGCUGACAUGCUGAGGGAACAGCUCUCCUUAGUCAACUGGGCAAGAGCUGGACUAGGCCUACCUCUGAUUGAAGAACCUGUAGAAGCUAUUCAAGACAGCACACAGGAUGUCACUGAUUAURCUGACUGGUCCACAUUUGAUGCCUCAGCAUUGGAGACCACUGAAGCUUACCCCACCCACCCCUACACCCCCAGCCCGGCCCCUACUCUAGUUCCACCUCCAGUACAGGAAGAUCAUGGAAAUCUCCACAACAAUGGGGGGAUGGUAGCACAAGAACAACACUCUGGGGUCAACAUGAUCACUGCAACCACUAGUGACACAAUCACCCUACACACAGCAUCAACCCCAAGGAAAGUCUAUGACACACGGGACUCUGGUCCCAGCUCUGGUUACAGCUCUGGACACAGCUCUGUGACACAGAUUGACUUUGACGACGACAAGUACCGGCGACGACCAGCACUCAGCUGGUUUGCACAGAUUCUCAAAAACCGGACGGGUUCAAAGAGGACAGGCUUGUCCUGGAAGCAGAGGGUCUUCAUGCUCCUUCUGGUUGGAGUGCUGGGAUUCUUUACCUUGAUUAUCAUUAUGGCUAAACUGGGCCGUGCUUCAGCUGACUCCGACCCCAACUUAGACCCCCUACUAAACCCCAACAUCCGAGUGGGCAAAAACUGACCAGCACCCAACUCCAUGUCCUGGUGAGUGUUGAACAUGGGGCCGAUCUAAGUCCAUCUAAGAUGGUGGGACCAGUAGAGGCAGAGAGGCAUCUUCUCUUUUGGAGAUGAAAGAAGAGGACAGGAUGUUGCAUUUUUGCCCUGGAAAUGAUAGCAACCUUACACCCUUGUCCCCUCUUUGGGAUAGGAAGGUGCAAAUUUCCUAUUCAUCUACUACUAAGAACUAAUGGGCUAUAUAACCUGUGUGUGUGUGUGUGUGUGUGUGUGUUAACACAUUCAAUUAUUUACAUUGCUUUGAGAUAUAUGUCAAAUUAAUAUAUUUUGACCUACUGUACAUUAAAGUAACUGUYCAGUGACAAUCUCACUUUAAGUUCAUACUCUGUUUAACUUAUACCCAMAUAAUGUUGUUGACUCAUCCUAUACUUAUAUUUGUGGCCAAAGCAUAAAUUGGAGAUUUUGUUUUUAUUUUAAUUUUUUUAACCAACUCAAACUGAACUCAAACUGAACU